UCGCAGCACUGCGACCGGGACAGCGCAGAACGGAGGUGGAGGCGGAGGCAGAGGCGGGCGUAGAGAGGUAGAGAGACGCGCCGGCUCCAAGCAUGGGGCCCGGAGCGCUGCUGAUGUUGGCGGCGGCGGCGGCGGUGGCGGGCAUCACCAGCGCCAACAUCGCCCUCGCCGGCCCGUACGCUCUGAAGGCCGUGGACUUUGGCGCCUGCGACGACGGGGAAUACCCGGGGAUGCUGGUGAACGUGUCGCUGAUCUUGGACGAGGCUGCCAACGAGACGGCCUACACGGGGGAGUUCACCACCAGCUACGACUACCUGGCGGACGACUGCGAGAUGGAGAUCACCGUUUACAAGUGGGGCAGUACUGGUGGAUGGCUUAAGUUUUAUGACCUGACCUUCACCAAGCCAUUCGACUACUUGCUGACUAACUUCCCGGCCGUCUUUGAGUACAUCUGGUACCCCAUGGGCAUCAACAAGAAGCCUGUGCCUCCGGCAACAAAGCGGCCACAGCACAUCAAGACACCGCAGGACGACCCCAUUGAGGUGGAACCUUCGCCUCCUCCGCCUCCUCUCGUCCUACCGAUAGAGCUGGAUCCGCCCACAACACAGCAGUCGCUGCCUUCUACAUCUUCUACACAAGGAGGUGGACGCAUACCCUUCUGGUGGUAUCCAGGAGGGCCAUUUUUGCCAGAGCACAGGCCGGAUGGUGGGGUACGGCUGGAAGCUUGAUGUCCCCUGCAGCCACAGCUUUCGGCCCAUCGUUGCGCCUACACUCAUUCAUCCCCCGCCAUGGUCGCACUCAAUACAAGACCCCUUUAACGAAGACGAAGAACGCAAGACCAGAGAAGGCAGUGAAAAGACAUGGGCCAAUGGUGCACUGAUUAGGACCGCACCAUGAAUGGAUUGACACCUGCAAGAAAUGAAUAUAGGCGCCGCUCCUGCCAGCCUCGGCCCGACAUUUGUGGACAUCAUUAGCAUGGCCUAGCAGAGAGUGCUACGAGAACUGAUAGUUGUGAUCCACAACCUGAGAGACAGACUUGCCU